GGUUCAAGCGCCUGCGGGCUCGCUGGAGAGGCUCGCGUCUGAGUGCCGCGCAUCCCCGGGACUUGCACGGGCUGAGCCCCCGGGGUGGGACUGCGGGAAUCGGAGCGCCCGGGUCCCCGCCCCGCCCCGCCCCGCCCCGCCCGCCGCGGAGGCGGCGAGCGCGAGAGCCCAGCGGGGUCGCUGCGAGCGGGAGGCGCUGAGACACAAAGGCUGGCGGGAUUUGGGCGCAGUCGGGGAGCGGGCAAAAGGAAAGCGAAAGCUGCGCCCCAGGCCGGUGACAGAGCGAAGGCGCCGCGGAGCUCUCCAGACGCCGGCGGUACCCAGACCUGCCUGGCUGACCGCGGUGCGCCGCAGCCAUGGCCAUCGCCCACCUGGCCACGGAGUACGUGUUCUCGGAUUUCUUGCUGAAGGAGCCCACCGAGCCCAAGUUCAAGGGGCUGCGACUGGAGCUGGCCGUGGACAAGAUGGUCACGUGCAUCGCCGUGGGGCUCCCCCUGCUGCUUAUCUCCCUGGCCUUCGCCCAGGAGAUCUCCAUUGGUACACAGAUAAGCUGUUUUUCUCCAAGUUCUUUCUCCUGGCGUCAGGCUGCCUUCGUGGAUUCAUAUUGCUGGGCGGCUGUUCAACAGAAGAACUCGCUGCAGAGUGAUUCUGGAAACCUCCCACUGUGUCUGCAUAAGUUUUUCCCCUAUAUUCUGCUGCUCGUUGCAAUCCUCCUAUACCUGCCCCCACUGUUCUGGCGUUUCGCAGCUGCUCCUCACAUUUGCUCAGACUUAAAGUUUAUCAUGGAAGAACUUGACAAAGUUUACAACCGUGCAAUUAAGGCUGCAAAGAGUGUGUGUGACCGUGACCUUGACCUGAGAGACGGAGCCUGCUCAGUUCCAGUUGUUACCGAGAACUUAGGGCAAAGUUUGUGGGAGAUACCUGAAAGCCACUUCAAGUACCCAAUUGUGGAGCAGUACUUGAAGACAAAGAAAAAUUCAAAUGAUUUAAUCAUCAAGUAUAUUAGCUGCCAGCUGCUGACACUCACCAUUAUACUCUUAGCAUGUAUCUACCUGGGAUAUUACUUCAGCCUCUCCUCACUCUCAGAUGAGUUUGUCUGCAGCAUCAAGUCAGGGAUCCUGAGAAACGACAGCACUGUGCCUGAUCAAUUUCAGUGCAAACUCAUAGCUGUGGGCAUCUUCCAGUUGCUCAGUUUCAUUAACCUUGUGGUUUAUGUCCUGCUGGCUCCUGUGGUUGUGUACACACUGUUUAUUCCAUUCCGACAAAAGACAGAUGUUCUCAAAGUAUACGAAAUCCUGCCUACUUUUGAUGUUCUGCAUUUCAAAUCUGAAGGGUACAACGAUUUGAGCCUCUACAAUCUCUUCUUGGAGGAAAAUAUAAGUGAGCUCAAGUCAUACAAGUGUCUUAAAGUACUGGAGAAUAUUAAGAGCGGUGGUCAGGGGAUUGACCCAAUGCUACUCCUGACAAAUCUUGGCAUGAUCAAGAUGGAUGCUGUUGAUGGCAAAACUCCCAUGUCUGCGGAGACGGAGAGAGAGGAGCAGGGGAACCAGACAGCAGAGCUCAAAGAUAUGAACACUAAAGCAAAUAAUGGAGAGAAGAAUGCCCGACAGAGACUUCUGGAUUCUUCUUGCUAAUGAUUAUUUUACUUGAACUGUAAAUCUGUGACUUCUGCGACAUGGGAUUUAAUUUGGCAAAAGCAUCCCUGUUGGUUUCACAGCAGGUUUGUAAUACAUGGUUCUUGGUGGAGAUACUGAGCAUGUCUUAGUCCCUAAUGGAAAUGGUGGUCAACAAAAAGCUAUGGAAGAAUGGUUUAUGAACUUCCCAUAGGAGGCACCUCAGAGAUGAUUAGUAAACUGCAGCAAGUAACUAUGUGUAAGUCCUCAUCAAAUAAAAAGCAGAAAGACAAAAACAAUUAGUCAAGACCAGUAGCCCUGUUAGAGCCUUGGAACAAUACCUCUCUGUACCUGUGGUGAGACACGACCUAGAGCUACUGGAAAACAAGCACUUCAGGAGAUUUGUUUUGUUUUCAUGGAACAAGAAUAUGUUUGGAUAUAAUUUAACAUGAGUUUCUUAUGUGCCCUUAAGGAUUGUCAGACCAGAAAAGCAUUCACUGGCUAAUGACCCACAGGUCGACCUGUGUCCUAAGUUAGGUGUAAGUCUGUUGCCUUGGCGCGGACUCGAGCUCUCUUUACAGUGUUAGUUGUCAACCUUGGCUGAUGGAAGUCCUGAACCAACCACUAUUUGUCGUACUGUGCCUUGAAGGGCAGCAGGUCCAAGUGCUGCUCUCUCUGAAAACCGAGUUAACAAGAUGAAAUCUAAAGGAUAUUCACAGUGACUUCAAUUCAGGAAAGAAUGCUUCCAAAAGAGCCCAGUGGGGAUAUCUGACACCACAGAAGGCAUUAAUUCAGUCACUUUCAACGAGUUUGUCUACAGGAUGUUUCUGUUAUCAAAGGCAUCUGAAACAGGCUUUUACUUAAUAAUGGAACACAGGAUUGUUUAAAGUGAAGAACACUUUGCCUAAAUGUGAUCAGGGCAUGUAAGCUCCAUAUGGUGUGCUUGGAGCCAGAAAAACUUAGCAGUUUGUUUAUAUUUAAGCACAGCUUUAAAGAAAUUCAUUUUAGUUUAUAGAGUGUCAGAAUUGAGACCAUUUGGGAAGAAAAGUCUAGCACUGGUAGAGAAUUAUAGCAUAAAGAUUACAAAUGGUUAGAUACUACAAAUGCAGGCUUAUUUCCUAAACAUGUAAAGCUGAUUCAGAACAUGUUGAAAACUAUUCCCAAUUCCACUAUGUAAAUAGAUCCUAUGUUCACAUUUUACACACACAGAAAAAAUCUUGAACAUCUGUGGACCUUCCAAGUGUUUUCUUAGAAUGUUAGCACAUUGCAUCAGUUGAGUAAUCCUCAGGAACCUCCAGGUUUACUUUUGGCUCUUACGGACAGUUGUUUACAUAAUGUAAUUACUGUUUUCUGAAGAACGGAAGUUAUAUAAGCUGCUGUCUGCCUUUCAGAAUAUUCAGAAAAGCAGAUUUUAUUUGUGCUUCCAUGAUAGUUUGUGAAAUGGAAAGCUAAUGAUACAUAUCAAAGUAGCAACCAGUGCUUUAAAUUAUUUUGUUACAUGAUAUUUAUUACUGAAUUAUACUGUGACUUAGCAGUAACCUAAAUAAUUGAAUUUGCCAAAUUAUUAUAUUGCCGUAUCUGAGAUAUUCCAUCACAAGUUUCUACACUGGUUUCUUUCGAAAAUUUAAAAAGAUUUUUGAGAUAUAUUUUUCUAGAAUAUAAUUUUUUUUUCCAGAGAGCUUCAUCUUUUUUGUAGACUAUCCUUAAUUUGUAUUUUGAAAUGGUAAAAAUUGAUAUUUUAGGAGACCAGGCAGUCUCCGAGUCCUACCAUAUGAAAUCUUUUAAUUAAGAGUUUGUGUCAUUGGGGUCCUUGGCCUCUCUUUCAGUACAUUUUCCCAUUCCCACUCUGAGCUCCAGUAGGGUCUGUGAUGUCCCAGGCACAGUACCAGGUUGGAUGUACAGAUAUGCAUAGGCAAGUCCCGACCUUGAGGACUUCUGUCCAGUAACAGGCAGCAGACACAUGGGCCGGUGCCUAAGAGGAGAAAGUAUAGCCACAUUAAAGGCUAUGCCAGAAAGCGCCUAGCAAAUGCUCUGUGUUCUUGGGAGAGGCUGCAUUAUUUUUUCUCUCCCACAGUUUAACUGCUAGUUUUGAGAAUAUAGUUGUCAUUUUUCCCAGAGGCAGAUGACCAUCUUAAGGUUCUUUAGCUGCAAAUCCUCUAGGUUGAAUUUUGCGCAAAAUAGUUACAGUGGUUUUGAAUAGUAAGGGAUCCAGUUGCCCUUUGAACCUUCCCUCACAGGGAUGAGAGAACAAGCCUGUGGAGGAUAUGCAGCUACUGGUGAACAACUGUCAGGGCCCCAGAAGGCUGGUGUGGAAGCCUGGGGAUACAUUUCAGCUUGGACAGAAGUAUUAUUAGGACAGGGAAACUCAUCCGUCUGCUGUGAGCUGCUGGCUUGAAGGAUGACUUUUUAGGAGCCAGUUUCCUGAGGAGAAAUGCUUUUAUAAAGCACCUAUUGCUUUGUAAACGGGGACAAACAGAUCCUAAAUGACCACUCCAGGGUUGCUGAUUUUGUUUCUGGCUCACAUCUGCCUCGUAAGCCACCAGGAAGCUGCUGAACCAGGAUGGAAACAACAGUGUUACAGCUGGGAGUGACCUAGUACUCUGAAAGCGGCAUUCCAACACGUCUUUGCAAAGGGAUGGGCAGAGACCUCCAACAUAGAGGUUCUUAAACUUGGUAGGGUUACAGCCCUCUUGCAGAUACUUUUAUGCCUAUAGACCCUCUCCUCAGAGCUACAGCCAACAUUUUCAAUGUACCUUAGGAGGUCAUUAUAGUCCAUGCCUCUGAGGUGAAGAAGCUGCACUCCAGUGGCUGAAGAGCAAGCUAUACAGCAGAGAAUGGGGCUCCCUUUGCCUUUGUGAAAGCUACUUCCCCCUAACACUGUAGCAAACUCAGCUAUACGUUUGCUUAGUUCAGCCACAUUUACGUUCUUCCGGGUGAACUGUACCUUUUGAGUACCUGCGGCCUUCCUUUUCUAGAGUCAGAUUUCAAUCAGCAGAAGCUUGGACAGCAGCAGGCCAGGAAAGACCAGGCAGCGCACAAACUGCUGCCCUCUCCCUGGCCACAAGGCGUUAUCUUCCUCUAGGUUCAAGUAAUCGUUCCUGUUUUGCCUCACUGGAAUGUGGGGAGGAAGACAGAACACUAUAAAAUGCCGCGUCCUACCUUCCAGUUGUACUGUGAGAAAGCUGGAAACUUCCACCUGUACAGUGGGUCUGGUUUGCACGUUUAUGUUUCAUUUGUGGGAACUGCUUGGCCAAGAGUGAGCUCAAGUGAGCUCAGGUCAGGGCAGCAGGGCACUGACACCUUUUUAAAAUGUGCUCAUGUUUGGAUCAUUUUGCUUAUUGUCAGUCCUGGGUCCAUCAAAGGUUUGUGAGGGUGAGAAUUUUUAUGCACUGCUGUAUUGCAAGUACUUAAAACAGAGACUGGCCCAAAUGAGGCAUUCUGUAAAUGUUUGUUAAAAUGAAUGGACAAAUUCUUAGAAUAAACCCUAGUUUGUUGACAACUGUGAUUUGAUUUUGGAAGGCAAACUAUGACUUUAUUUUAGAAAGGAGAAAGUGGGGGAGACUCAUAGGAGUAUUUCUGCAAAUGAAUAGGUUUCUACCUUAAGUAGUGACAGUCCUUAGCUGCUUAUUAUGGAGUGAGUCCUGACCACUUUCCAGGUUCAAUACAAGUUCAAGAUUGCCUCUCAAUGAUUAGGGAAAUUGAAGCUUUAAAGCUCCCGGUCUCAGUAAUUCCCCAGAAGAAACCUCUUAAAAGGGGAUGUUGAUGAAAAUGUACAAUUACCAGUAAUUGAGGUUUUAUCUGAGGGGAUGGAUAUGAUGAAAUGGCCCCUUCUGGGAGGUCGUUGGCAUUUUUUCCCUAUUUUUCACAAGUAACGUGAAACCAUUUAAAACUAUGGACAAAGAUGAUAUUGUGUCAUGCGGAAUACAAUAGAUACUAAUUUGUGGUUGGUUUUUCUGCCUGCUUUAAAGGAAGUGUAUUAUGUUUCUGGGCUCCUCUUUUAGCUGUAAAAAUACUUUGUCACUAAAGCAUGAAAUUUAAUCAGCAAUUGUUUUUCAGAUUCCUGAAAGCUAUAAAAGUUUCUCGUGACUUGAGUAGUUUUUUCCCUGCCCACCACAAGAGAAAACCCUUGUAGAAUUUUGCAGUGUUACAAGUGUUACCUACAGAAACUGAAACUAUCAGCUCCUCUUUAACAAGUUGGCUUUUUAAAGGCAUAUAAUUACAAUUUAAUGGUAUUCUGUAAAGUAGUGCUCUAGGCAUAACUUAAAUUCUUUUUAAUGACUACAUUUCUUCAAAACUUUGAGAGAAAAAUGUGUUCUUUUUUGCUGCAUCCUUUAUAAGAAGACUGCCAACAGAUGAAGAAUGACUUUACAAAUUAAGGGCUUCUUGGUUUCAUUUCCACAAAGAUGAGAACAAAUCAUGGUGUUAGGAAAGGAUCCUUAGAAGAACACAAGAAUCUUGAAAGCCCUUGGUGUUAUCAUUAUUAUAUUUUAUAUUUCCAGAGAAGUCACUUAGCCAAGCUCUGCAUUUUGAGCCUGCUGACUUUCAUUUAAAGAGGGAUGAAAGGUUGAAAAUCCAGGCUGCUGUGUCUGUGAACAUCAAACUACGUUUGAGCUCUUCACUGUUGUAUCCACUUAAAUAAAACUGUGUAAGUAAUGAAAAA